AUGUCAAACAGCACCACCUCAACUCACCCAAAUGCCACUCCCAUGCAAUUAACUGCCGACCACAUUGAAUCUUCUAAUGACAACUCACCAACUCUGAUAGAAUUAAAAGAAGUUAACAACAAGGAAGAAGAAGAACAAACUCAACAACAAGAAACAAACUUUGAGGAUGACAAUGAUGUCUGUAGUGAUUCAGAUAGUGUCUAUGUUCAGGUUGCUACCAGAAAAACUCAACGUCUUACCCUCACUUCUAUCAAACCACAAAUUGACAAGUUUCGAAUAGAUAGAGCUCAAAAUUCAUCACCAAUUGCUUCCGGAAAUGUUGCUGGAAACAAUCUAACUACUGUAAAGAAACCAACAACCGAAUCAAUCUUCACCAAAACAACUGCAAAAACAGGGAAAUCUGGCAAGUCCUCUCUCUCUUCUGUCACCUUUCGAAUUCCAACAUGUUGUGGUAUGAUUGAAUUGAAUCUAGUGAGAGUCUUAUCUCUAUUGGGAAUGUUAUUGAAUAUUGGUGCAUUCAUUGCCAUUGCAGUGAUUGUUGGAAAUGCUUUCAAAUUGGAUGCCAAGAAAGAAACUAAUCUCCUCUUGCUCAGAACGGAAUUCUUGACCAAUUACUAUAAAAUAGAUUGCAUUGUCAAGACGGCAUGUGUAACUGGUGAUAUCCAACUCGUUGCUGAAUAUAACAUGCUGCAACCCAAUGCUAGUCAGCAAUUACUGGAAUUGAAGAAGAAUCUUCCGGCCGAAUCUUUGAAAAAUCUCAAAUUGGAUUUUGCCUCACCUCAAUACGUUGGUCUGAACAAUCUCAUUAUGGGUUAUAUUGCACAAGGAGAUUUGGAUUCUGCCAACUCUGUUCGAAAAAGUUUAUCCUAUCUCAUUAUGGAUGGCUAUACUAAUAUCCUUUUAAAUAUAGUUCGUACGGAAAUUGAUAAAUUAAGUGAAGAGAAACAGGAUUAUUUGAGAUUAUUUGGAGCUGUCAAUAUGAGUAUGGUUUUAUUUGGUGUGGCUAUUAGUGUGCCAAUUGUCUUGUUGAUUUUCGCCAUUGCAUUGUCGACAGAUGUGGCCAGUAAGAGAAAGCUCAAUAAGGCAACAGGUAUCAUGAUUAUGGAAGCAAUUGCAAGUGAAAAGUACAAUCCAAUAUUUAAAACAUUUUGUGAGAAGGAAUCAUGUUUGGAUUAUUUUACAUUAUUGGAUAAUUGUCAUGAUUAUCAUGAAUUAUGUGAUAGAGCUCAUGAUUUGAGAUAUUCUAAUCAUACAUAUGGCAAUGAUCAUUCAGAAUUGAAUUCUGCCUCAUCAAUUUCUGAAGACAAAAUCCACAAGGAACAAUUCGAAACCAUUGAACGAAACAAGUAUGAGGUGGCAUUUAAGAUAUUUUCCGAAUUCAUUGAUCCAAAUGGUGAAACUCCAAUCAAAACAAGUAAGAUACUCCAAGACCGAGUAAAGAAUGUAUUGGAUGAAUUUAAUGUUGGCAGCGUAUUGGACGAUGAUUUGUUUGAUGAAUUGGAAAAGCAAGUGUGUGAAAUGAUUAGUGAGCACUUUAUUAAAUUUAAACAACAAAUCAAACAAAAAAGAAGACAAAUUAAUUCAAAAAACAAGAUUGAAAAGGUCAAUAAAUAA